UUAAAAUUUGUAUUAGAGCUCUUUUCGUUUCUAGGUUGGAAUAAUGAUAUUUAUAGGUUAUUUUCUAAUCUACAUAGUGCGUUAUAACCUUAGCGUGCAUAUCGUUGAUAUGGUUGAAAUACCGAAACGACUUUUCAAUGUGUAUUAUAAUGACACUCCGUCUCUUCGUACUAUUUUAAAUACACGAUCUGGGAAUAUUAUUGAUAUAAUACAUUGGAAUGAAAUGAAAAUUGCCUUGUUACUCGCCGCUUAUCACAUUGGAUAUUGUAUAUGCUUUCCAUUAUUCCAUAAUAUUGGUGAUACGUUUGGACCAAUGUGGGUUGUUGGCACAGCGGGCUUAACAUCAGGUGUCUUAAAUUGUCUUACUCCAGCAUCUGCAUAUUAUAACUUCUGGUUGCUUUUUGUUGUACGCAUUUUAAUUGGUUUCUGUGCGGGCGCGAUGUUACCAAGUAUGGUUCAAGUGCUAAGACAUUGGGUACCACCAACUGAAAGACACCACUUUAUGUGGGCGUAUUGUGGGAUUACGACAGGAACGUGUAGCACUUUUCUUAUUUGCGCAGCUGUGCAAUAUUACUUUCGAUGGUCUUUUGGGUUUUAUAUUUCGGGAGCGAUGCAAAUGUUUUGGGCUAGCGCUUGGGUAUUUUUAAUAACUGAUAGCCCUGAAAAACAUACCUUCAUAUCUAAAGAAGAGUUAGGAUAUUUGUCAACAACUAUCGGAACAGUUUUUAAUAUUAAGUUAACAAAUUCUCAAGCGCCGUGGAAAAUCAUUUUAAAAUCGACCUCGUUUUGGGCUAUUUGUAUUCUUAAUUUUGGUUACGCCUGGAUGAUCAUAUCUGUUUGUAUACAUGGACCUCUUUACUACACUGUUACCCUGAAUUAUAGUGUUUAUGAAGCAUCAGCGUUGACUGCACUACCUUUUCUCUUAAGACUGCUAUUAGGGACAAUUAUAAUUCAAACGUAUCACUGGUAUAAACAUAAUAACAAAAUUAGGAGAAUUAAACACAUCCGAAAAUAUUUUAUAGUUUUUUCUCACGUGUUGCCGGGAAUUUUAGUGUCGAUGGCGUGGUUCUUGCCGAUCAACCCUGGCCCAGUUCUGCUGACCACAGCUAUUGCCUUUACCGCAGCGGGAAUGGAUCUUACUUUAGAUAUUUGUUACGAACUUUCUCCGAAUUACGUCAAUUCAAUCAAUACUGUAAUUAAAAUAAUUGGUAAUUUACCUGGAAUCAUUAUAUCUCUAUGUGUUGGAGAAGUUACACAUAAAAAAAAUUCUGCUUUUGUAUGGCGAUACGUUUGGAGUUUCCAUGGUUCAAUAUUGUUAUUGAGUGGACUUAUAUUCCUUGUUUGGGGUGAAACGCAUGUUCAGGAAUGGAAUGAAAUGCGGCGAAGGCCGCGGCGAAAUAGACGCCUCGUAAUGAGACCAUCUAUCAUGUCAAACAUUGUUGAAGUGGAUGAAAUUGAUGAAGCAUCGUAUCGUUCUUCAUUACCUCAGCGGCCAAGGACAUUGAAAUCGAUGAUACUUUCGUCGAAUUAAGAUUUAUGGUAUUCAUUUCAACAUUAUCAUAGAAGUUACGUGAUUAGAGAAAGUCAAUGUGUUGUGGAGCAGUCGGCCAAGUCUCUUUGUGGCCACACCAUAAUCGGAAUGAGAAAAGUUUGAAGGAACAUCGCUUGUCUAAGUUAAGGUCUAAUAUUGUUUGUAUUGUUUCGCAAAAUAAAUGAAUUGCCAAUUUUCA